AACAGGAAAGGUUUGCAGUUUGUUCUUGACUUGACGUGUUUUUACUCUCUAGGUUCCUGUUUUGUUGCAGAUGUCAUUCAUAUAGCUGUGGAACGAUUUAUCAGCAUUUGUGGAGACUUUUGCCUGCACACACCACUCAAGGCUGCAGCUGUAGUGGAGGAAAAUGGAGCCUGUAGAUCUCCUGGCAUUUGCCUCUCUAGAAAUUUACAGUACAACGGUCACUGUGGCUUUGCUGGUGGUCUUCCUGGUCCUGCUGUAUUGGUACUCUACAUCUGCAUUCUCCAAACUAAGCAAAGUAGGGAUCCGACAUCCUCCACCUCUUCCUUUCAUUGGAAACCUGCUCUUUUUUCAUGAGGGCUUUUGGGAAAACCAUACAAAACUCAUAACGGAGUACGGACCUGUUUGUGGGUAUUACAUUGGUCGCCAGAUGUUUGUGGUGGUCUCCACACCAGAGAUGAUCAAGCAAAUCUUAGUGACAAACUUCAGUAACUUCACCAACAGAACUAAGCCGAACUUGAUUUCCAAGCCAAUGCUUGACAGCAUCCUUUGUCUUCGUGAUGACAGAUGGAAGCGUGUCCGGAGCCUCCUGACCCCAGUCUUCAGUGACACCAAUCUGAAAGAGAUGACACCACUAAUAAACCAGGCCUGUGACGUCCUUCUGUGUAACUUGAAAGUCUAUGCAGAUUCUGGCAAAGCUUUUGAUAUCCAGAGGUGUUACAACUGCUAUACCUUGGAUAUCGUUGGUAGCGUAGCUUUUGGUACUGAAGUGGAUUCUCAGAAGAAUCCCGAUGACCCCUUUGUUAAGAAUUGCAGAACAUUCUUUGAAAUGUCUGUGUUUAAGCCUCUCCUCAUUUUGAUCCUUUCUUUCCCAUUCAUAAUGAUCCCGUUGCUCCGGAUUUUGCCAAACAAGAAACAAAAGGAACUGAAUGAAUUUUUUAUCCAAACUGUAAAAAAUUCCAUUGCCUUCAGAGACCAACAGGAUGCAUCUGAGAGGCGCAGAGAUUUUCUCCAGUGGAUGCUCGACUCCCGCGACUCAGCUGACUCCCUGGCAGCCGGGUGCUUUGAUGUGAUCAGUCCAUCUGCUGCUUCUAGACAGAAUGAAGCACCUCUUGCUGGCAGAGUGCCAUCUCAGAACGUUCAGAAGAUGUUAACAGAGGACGAGAUAGCAGGCCAAGCUUUCCUUUUCCUGAUUGCUGGGUAUGAGACCACCACUAGCACACUGUCCUUUGCCACGUACUUGCUAGCCACCAACCCUGAAUGCCAGGAGAAGGUGCUUCAGGAGGUUGAUGAGUUCUCAGCAAAACAUAUGGUCCCUGAUUACCAAAACGUACAAGAGCUCCCUUAUCUGGACAUGGUGAUUGCAGAGACAUUGCGCAUGUACCCACCUGCAUUCAGGUUCACUCGAGAAGCAGCUAAAGACUGCAUAGUACUGGGGCAGCGUAUUCCAGCUGGGGCUGUCAUUGAAAUUGCAGUGGGACAUCUCCACCACAACCCUGAGUUCUGGCCGGAGCCUGAGAAGUUCAUUCCUGAGAGGUUUACAGAGGAGGCCAAGAAGGAACAACAUCCCUUUGCAUACCUCCCCUUUGGGGCAGGUUCCCGUGGCUGCAUUGGCAUGAAAAUGGGUUUGCUGGGGACAAAAAUGACUCUGCUGAGGAUUUUGCAGAAGUUCCGAUUUAAGACCUGCCCAGAGACUGAGAUUCCUUUGCAGCUGAAAUCAAAAGCCACACUUGGACCGAAAAAUGGAGUCUACAUUCUGCUAGAAUCUCGCUAAAAGAAAAUGUACAUCCUGAAGCCUCCUGGGCUGGGAGGUUUGUUCAGUGACUCACUGAGUGUAAUAAUUUUUCAAAACCCCAAAGGGAGGUAGGAGCCUAAGUCCCACUGAUGGUCAUUAGGUGCUGCCUCAUUACUCUCUUGCAAGAGAGUCACUUUUUUAACUGAGAUGUGGCUCCACAGUAUUUUUGGUGUUUUUCAAAUUGGUGUGAAUAGUAUCUGUAAAAAAAGACAGAUCUUUCACUUGCUCUUUCACUUGCUUUCCUACUCUUCCUUUCACUCAUCUUUGAGAAUGCUUUCAUCAUGAUCAAGUUCAGUAAUGGAGCAGGUGUUAGGCAUACACACAAUUUACAAUAGAUUUUAAUUACAAGUCAUUAUCUCACACACCCUUCUCAGGCACUUUGAAGUCCCCCCUUUAGAAAAAUCCAAGAGACAGCACAGUUAUAGCAGAAGACCUGGGAUCCAGUGCAUUGGAUUUAAUCAUGAACUUUGCUGAAAAAUCAAAGCUGAAUCUCCUACACAGUGCUUAAUCUCUCCCUAUGUCUGUAAAGUGGAAGGAUUUGCACCUUCUUCAUGCUUUUGAAGUGAUUUCAAAUAUACUUAGAUUAACAAUUUGCCCUUGGUAGAUUGCAUUGACAUGACUGAAGAGCAAUGAUGAGUUCCUCCCAUCAGCAGCUGAGUUACAGUCACUAAGACCAAUCAAAUGAGGUGACAGAUAUUUUGCUGGCUAUUGAGUUGCUGUUGGAAAGGUGGAGAAAAAGAAGAUGUGAAUUUAAAGAAAGCAUGAAAACUGGAGGAAAUUUGAGGAUAAGCAGAAGGUAUUGGUACUUUCCAAGCAUUGUAGUUGAUGUGAUCCUUGUGUAGCUCAUUGGCUCCAGGAAAUUACAAGCGCUACAUGCACUAAAGCCAAUGGCAAGGGAGCAAGAUCCAGGAUCAGCGGUCGCAGCAGCUCUCCUGGUUCCUUAUGUGCCCCUGGAACAGGUCCCAUCCCAAGUGCCUCACUCCACUCAGGAAGGAACAUGUCUGAUUGAUUGCCAGCUGCAGCAGCACCGUGGACUCAUUCAAGUUGUGUGACUGUGCAUAUGCAUCUUUCACAGCCAAAGCAGUGCACGCUUCUACUCUUCAGUCUCUCCAUGCUCUUCCCUAGUCCUCUACAAACCCUUCAAUCACCACACAGCUAGUGGAGCAUCACACAACAGUGACAAAUUGACCAGAAAAAACCCUACAUUUCCUUCAGCGGGCACCACAGACUGGUUGACUGUACAACAAAACCAUGAGAGAAAAUGGUUGCAGUCUCAGGGGCCUCUUGCUGCUUUAUUUUUUAAAGUUUUUAUAAAUAGCAAAAAUUCUUAUGGCACCAUAAAAAUACAGCAGCACCUUUCCAGUUUUUGCAAGCACUGAGCUUCUGCCUGCUGACAUACUGUGCUCGAGGUUUCCUUAGGUACGGCAUUUCUCGUGGUGGUACACACAGAGAAGUGUCACGGCAGCAGGAGGAAGAGACUGACUGCUCAGCUUCACUGUGAGGAUUGCUGGAAAGAGCCAUCUGCUCACUGAUCCCUAGCUAGUUCCCUAGUUUCUCUCCAGCAAGCACCUUUUGCUGCCUUCUUCCCACAUGCUGCCUUAACACUGAUCAAAUUACUGCAUUUCCCUCCUGGAAAAUUUAGGUUUUCUCUUUCAUGGGAAUUUUUGGGGUUUUUUAAAAAAAACCAGAUCUGUAGAUGUAGUAGUGGAGAAGUACUGACCUGGCACUCUUGGAAUUUUUCCCAUUUCCAUGGAGUGUCGCUGGCAUGCUAAACAGAAGUGCCCUGUUACAGAAAUGCUGAUUAUAUGAAUUAUUGGUGGAGUGAUUGUUAUUUAUUUGGAAAGCAACACACUGGAUAUACCCUAGUUUCUACACAUUAACCAUAAUUUUUCCCUUCUUCAAAACAGUGCUCUGGCAGGUGAUUUACUGUAGAUUUUAUACAUACAAGUGGCACAAAGUUGGAUACCUUGCUAAAAGCUUCUUGCCUACCUGAAUAAACAAGAAGUUCAUUCCAGACUGAAGUCAGCUGCCACAGGCUUGUUUGUUCCAUCACUUUUUUUUACUGUUUUUCUUCCUCAGAUGAAUUAGCAGGUCAUUAUGUGCUUCAUUUUUGACCAAAUACUUCAAAUCUAAACCAAGCUUGUGCCUUUCUUCUACAUGCUUUUGUAUGGACUGUUCCACAGCUUGUCUGAAUGCUGUUUACAUCUUCAAUAUUUAUCCAAGAAGACUGCCACUAAUGUGUAGAGAAGUCGAACAACUCUAAGUUCUGUGCCUGAAGAGAGCAUUAUCAUCUUGAAUACCAUGUUGAUUCCACUGGAAAAAAACCUCCACAUUAAUGCAGUGACUGCAACUGUCAUCAUGUUUUACAGGCUUGGAAACUGCACCAAGACUAUUUUCCAGCUGCUUCCAAUGCAGACAGUAUAUGUGCAAGUAAACUCUCUUGGCUUUGGGUGGCAAUGAUUUUUUUUCAACUAUUCUGCAAUGUUUUCUGGUUAGGAAGUUGUAGUUUAACACCAGCAAUAAGUAAGCACCACGGAGCUAGUUCUUCCCACCCCACAGGGAGGAGAAUUGUGAAGAAAAGCCCUAAAAAUCAUGGGUUGAGAUACAGACACUUUAAUAACAAAAAUGAAAUAAAAUCUAACAACAAUAAUUAUAGUAAUGAAGAGACAUAAAACACAGAGAGAGAAAGAAAACCCAAAGAGAAAAAAGCCAAACCAAACCAAAGUGGUGCCCAAUGCAAUUGCUCACCACCUGCUGACUGAUGCUCAAGCAGCAAUCCAUCCCUCCUGGCCAACUCCCUCCAGUUUGUAUACUGGGCAUGAUGUUCUGUGGUAUGGAAUAAACCUUUGGCUAGUUCAAGUCAGCUGUCCUGACCAUGCUCCCUCCGAGCUUCUUGUGCCCCCAAGCCCACUCACUGGCAGGGCAAGAUGAGAAGCAGAAAAGGCCUUGAUGUUGUACAAGCCCUGCUCAGCAAUAACCAAAACAUCCCUGUGUUAUCAACAUUUUUUUUCAGCAUAAACCCAAAACAGAGCUCUGUAGCAGCUACUAGGAAGAAAAUUAACUCUACUCUGACCAAAACCAGGACAGAAUUAUUGUUUGUUUCCACCUGCUCAUUUGUAGUGGUAUGGAAUAGAAGACUUACUUUUGCAGCUGUGGGUUAAGUCAGAUUUCUGGAAGUACGUCAUCCCUUGUUCUACCAGCAGCCCUAGCUGCUAGAGGCUCUAGACAGCUUGAGAAGUAAGACAGAGAAAAGGCUACCACCUCUCCAGUAAUAAAGAGCAAGCCCCAAGCCAUCUCUUCCUUUUAAACAACAGCUGCUGAUACAGCAACUAUACAUUGCACAGACGUUUUACCAGGAUACUUAAUUAUGCUGGCCCUCUCCUGAACUGUGUAGGCUCAGCAACAUACCUAAAGUGCAAGCUGUGCUGAAGAAUCAGUGUUGGUGUAGCCCCCGGACAUUUGCAAAAAAACAAGACACGAGACCAACAGCAGCUCUCCAAAACAGAAAGUGGUAAUAUGUUAAACACAGUGUGUUUGUGCACCUGUAUAACAGAAUCCCAAACUGAUCCUGAGCAGAGCUGGCUUUAAAAUUCAUUAAAAACAAAAGAAACCCUAUCAACUCCCCCUCACUACCCUUAUGUUCGUAGUUGCAACAUCAAAACAUAACUUCAGGUGCUUAACUUAUGGUGGCUAUUAGCAUUCCAGGUACAGCAUGCUUCAGUCAACAGUACUUGAGUCUAGGAAGGAAACAAGGAAACUGAUUUAAAAUAAUUUCUCUCCUCAGAAACAGUGUGUUGUCUUGCAUUGCUGAGCUGGAGGUUUGUUUAAAAUCGGGCAUGUCUGUUUUACAAAACGGUCUUAGUCAUUCUCUGACAGCUGAUAGAAAGCAAAGGCUGCUUGGUUAAGGAAAGCUUCUAUUAAAAACAUCUUCUGGGACUUUGCAACGAUUACUGAAAGCUGUCAGUAUAAAAUGGCUUUUUUUAUGAGACUGCUGACAUAGAAAACCUUUACAGUUUUGUACUUUAUAAAUAGUAUUCCUAAAAAAACAGAACUGGGUGUUAGAAGUUAUUAUGCUUUGUAGAUUGUAAAUUUGAACUAUCCUUACCUGGCAUCAAACUGCAGAAUUUCUUCUCUGUGUGUGAUACAUUCUGAAACGACCACUUGAUUUCCUUUUGUUAAAGGGUGUUUCCAUCUUGGACACAGCUUCACCUAACAUCAGAUUCUUCUGUGCAUUUACACUAGUAAACAUGCUGAAAGAAAUUAAA